UAACAACCACCGAACGUCUGCUGUAUGUUAUUCCACUCAAUAAACUCACUCAGUUAACUCUCAUCUUACAUUCCCCAUCCCAACUAUGUCCACGUCCACAGUUAUCUUCAUCACCGGUGCCGGAAGAGGCAUCGGUAGAGGUCUGACUCAAGCUUACCUCCAGCGCCCAAACCAUACUGUGGUAGGAAGUGUCCGUGACAGCACCGCUCCGGUCUGCGAGGAGCUCAAGAAGCUGCCAGUUGCUGAAGCAUCUCGUCUGAUCCUCGUCACUAUCGAUUCUUCGAAGCUCGAUGAUCCUGCAAACGCUGUCAAGGCGGCUAAGGAGGCUGGGAUAGACCACAUCGACAUUGUCAUCGCCAAUGCAGGAACCUCGCCUUCACCUGGACCACUUGACGCAGCCAACCUCCAUGAGAUUGUUGAUGCGCUCAACGUAAACACCAUGUCCCCCAUUGCUCUUUACCAGGCUGCUAAGCCACUGCUUGACAAGUCCGCAAAACCCAUCUGGAUCUCGAUGAGCAGUGCGGCUGGGUCAAUUGGGAAUGUGUCUGUCCACCAGGCUCACUGGCUUCUGGGCUAUGGAAUGUCCAAGGCCGCAAUGAACUUCUUCACCAUGGCUGUGCACGGGUCCCAGCCUAAUUAUGUUGCCUACGCCAUUCACCCUGGUCUUGUACAGACUGACCUUGGCAACACGGGCGCGAAGAUGCAAGGAAUGGAGCUUGCCCCUAUCACACUUGAAGACAGCUGCGCCAAAGUCAUGGCUACCGCUGAUAAUGCUACGCGCGAAAAGACUUCUGGCAAAUUUUUAGACGUUAUGACCGAUGGAGAGUUCCCGUGGUAG